UAAAUUUCUCUCUCUCUCUCUCUCUCUCUCUCUCCCCGCUUUUUAACAUCCGUCGUGUCUACCGUACCCAAUACUCGCAUCUCUCCGUUGUCGCAAUUCACCGGAGCGUCCAGCGCUCUCUCGCUCGGGCUCUGCGAAUUCAUUUGUCUAUAAUACGAGCGUUCGACGAUCAAAUUCCCUUAUGAAUCGCUUUCCCUCUCUUCGUGUCCAGGGAUCGUAAACUCGACGGUGCUAUCCAAGACUGCUACUAGUCGGUUCGAUUCCGAGCUCAUGGAAUCACCUGUCUGGAAUGGGAGGGAUACAUCUGUGAUUGUUCUUACACUGGAUACUGGUGAAGUAUAUAUCAUUGCUAGCUUGUCUUCCAGGACUGAUACUCAGGUGAUAUAUGUCGAUCCAACAACUGGUGCCUUGCGCUACGAUGCAAAAUUGGGUGUUGAUAUUUUUGAAUCUGAAAAAAAGGCUUUAGAUUACAUUACGAAUGGAUCACAAUGGCUGUAUAAGAAUUUAACAUAUGCCAGGGCGAUUUUGGGUUAUGCCGCCCUGGGAAACUUUGGUUUGCUACUUGUUGCAACGAAGUUAAUUGCAAGCAUUCCAAACCUGCCCGGUGGAGGGUGUGUAUAUACGGUGAUUGAGAGCCAGUGGAUCAAAAUAUCACUUCAAAAUCCUCAACCCCAAGGUAAAGGAGAAGUGAAGAAUGUUCAAGAAUUAACCGAGCUUGAUAUUGAUGGAAAGCACUACUUUUGUGAGACAAGAGAUAUCACUCGGCCUUUCCCGAGUCGUCUUCCCUUGCAAAAGCCUGACGAUGAAUUUGUUUGGAAUGGAUGGUUUUCAAUGCCUUUCAAAACCAUUGGGCUGCCACAGCAUUGUGUCACUCUGCUGCAGGGGUUUGCAGAAUGUCGAAGUUUUGGAAGCUCAGGUCAGCUAGAAGGGAUUGUUGCUCUCACUGCUCGUCGUAGCAGACUGCAUCCUGGCACUCGAUAUUUGGCUAGGGGAUUAAAUUCGUGUUUUAGCACAGGAAAUGAAGUUGAGUGUGAGCAACUUGUAUGGGUCCCCAAAAGGGCUGGUCAGAGUGUUCCUUUUAACACAUAUAUUUGGCGACGUGGCACAAUUCCAAUCUGGUGGGGAGCAGAAUUAAAGAUCACUGCAGCAGAAGCAGAAAUAUAUGUUUCAGAGGUUGAUCCUUAUAAAGGAAGCUCACAGUAUUAUCAGAGGUUGAGUAAAAGGUAUGAUGCUCGAAGUUUAGAUGUUGGUGUUGGGGGGAGUCAGAAUAGAAAAGCUCUGGUUCCAAUUGUAUGCAUCAACUUGCUUAGGAAUGGAGAAGGAAAGUCAGAGUCUAUUUUAGUUCAGCAUUUUGAGGAAUCUUUGAAUUAUAUCAGAUCAACUGGAAAACUUCCUUAUACUCGAAUUCAUUUAAUAAACUAUGAUUGGCAUGCCAGUAUAAAGUUAAAAGGUGAACAACUAACAAUUGAAGGAUUGUGGAAACUUCUAAAAGCACCCACUGUAUCUAUUGGCAUUUCUGAAGGGGAUUAUUUGCCUUCACGUCAGCGGAUCAAGGACUGCAGAGGUGAAAUCAUAUAUAAUGAUGACUAUGAAGGUGCCUUCUGCAUAAGAUCACAUCAAAAUGGAGUGAUACGUUUCAACUGUGCAGAUUCUUUGGAUAGAACCAAUGCCGCUAGUUAUUUUGGUUCCCUCCAAGUUUUUGUGGAGCAAUGUAGGCGGCUGGGAAUAUCGCUUGAUAGUGAUCUGGCAUUAGGUUAUCAGUCAAUGAAUAAUUAUGGUGGUUAUACUGCUCCAUUGCCUCCAGGUUGGGAGAAACGUUCUGAUGCAGUGACAGGGAAAACAUAUUAUAUCGAUCACAAUACUAAGACCACAACAUGGAUGCAUCCCUGCCCAGAUAAACCUUGGAAGAGAUUUGAUAUGACAUUUGAGGAGUUCAAGCGAUCAACAAUUCUUUCACCAGUAUUGCAGUUGGCUGAUAUUUUUCUGCUUGCUGGUGAUAUUCAUGCAACACUUUAUACUGGUUCUAAAGCUAUGCAUAGCCAAAUCCUUAGCAUAUUUAAUGAGGAUGCUGGGAAGUUUAAACAGUUUUCUGCCGCACAAAAUAUGAAAAUUACUUUGCAGAGAAGAUAUAAAAAUGCAGUUGUAGAUAGUUCUCGUCAAAAGCAGUUGGAGAUGUUUCUUGGGAUGAGGCUUUUCAAGCAUCUUCCAUCACUUCCUGUUCAACCUCUAAAUGUACUCUCACGACCAUCUGGUUUCUUUCUUAAGCCAGUUGCCAACAUGCUUUCGAUUUCUGAUGGUGGAGCCAAUCUUCUGAGUUUCAAAAGAAAAGACCUAGUCUGGGUUUGCCCCCAGGCUGCAGAUGUGAUUGAACUUUUUAUCUAUCUUGGGGAGCCUUGUCAUGUUUGUCAGCUUCUUCUCACAAUAUCUCAUGGUGCAGAUGAUUCAACUUAUCCAUCAACAGUUGAUGUUAGGACAGGACGCUAUCUAGAUGGGCUCAAACUGGUCGUGGAGGGUGCUUCCAUACCUCAGUGUGUAAAUGGGACAAACCUCAUUAUACCCUUACCUGGGCCAAUUACUGCAGAAGAUAUGGCUGUUACUGGUGCAGGUGCUCGCCUUCAUGCACAAGAUAAACCAACCAUUUCAUUACUGUAUGAUUUUGAAGAACUGGAGGGGGAACUGGACUUCCUUACUCGUGUUGUUGCACUGACAUUUUAUCCUGCUGAUCCUGGAAGCAGCCCUAUGACUCUCGGUGAGAUGGAGAUCCUUGGUGUUUCUCUUCCUUGGAGGAUGAUAUUUACAAAUGAUGGUCCUGGUGAAAGAUUAAAUGAGCUUGCCAAAAGAAGUCAUAAGGAAACCAAUCCCUCUUUGUCUAGCGUAGACUCCAAUCCAUUUUUGGGCACUUCAUCUAGUGAAGAUGUGCCGCCAUCAGUGCAACAAAUCACUUCUACCAACCUCUGGGUUGACCUUUUGACUGGCGAGGACACAUUUUCUGAACCCUUCUCUCAACCAGUGAGGGAAAAAGUUGUAAACGAGGGAAGUGACUCGCUUGAUUUCUUGGACCAAGCUGCUAUUGAAUUUUCUGGUCCUCAAAAUGAUCAAAGACAUUCUUCAUCACAAGAUAUACAAACUUCAGACAGUAGCUCCCAGCGGUACAUAACUUGUCUGACAUCCCUUGCGGGACCAAGAAUGGAUAGGAAACUAGACUUCAUAGAAGCUAUGAAACUUGAAAUUGAACGGCUUAGAUCGAAUCUUUCUGCUGCUGAAAGGGAUCGAGCUUUAUUAUCAGUUGGGAUUGAUCCUGUUACCAUAAAUCCAAAUCUUUUGCUCGAUGACUCCUACGUGGGAAGAUUAUGCAAACUUGCAAAUCACCUUGCACUACUUGGUCAAGCUUCCGUUGAAGACAAAAUAACUGCUGCUAUUGGUCUGGACACUACUGAUGAUAAUGUGAUAGAUUUCUGGAAUAUAGCUGGAAUUGGGGAGAGUUGUUCUGGUGGCAUGUGUGAAGUGCAUGCUGAAACCAAGACACCAAUACGUACAUCCCCUAUGGUUUCAUCUGCUGGAGGCUCACAAUCUGUCUUCUUGUGUUCUCAAUGUGAAAGGAAGGUUUGUAAAGUUUGUUCUGCUGGAAGAGGGGCUCUUCUUCUUCCGGGCUAUAACUCAAGGGAGGUCUCCACCAACAAUGGUUUGUCAAGCCUGAGUGGCUCAAGCCACGGCUACCAAGUUGAUGGCUCCUCUAACCGUUCAGUAACACUAGACAGUGUUAUCUGCAAGCAAUGCUGCCAUGGCAACGUGCUUGAUGCGUUGAUGUUGGACUAUGUCAGGGUGUUGAUUAGUUUGCGAAGAAGUGCCCGUGCAGACAGUGCUGCACACAAAGCUUUGAACCAGGUGAUUGGAUCAUCCUUGAGGGAUUAUCUUUCUGAAAGGAAUCGGUAUUCUGAUUGUGGUGAAGCUGUAAAAGAACUAAGAUAUUUACUUAAUGGAGACGAAUCCCUUGCUGAAUUUCCAUUUGCCAGCUUUCUACACUCGGUUGAAACAGCGGCAGAUUCAGCACCCUUUUUGUCAUUACUUGCUCCGUUAAAUUCUGGAUCAACACAUUCAUAUUGGAAAGCUCCUCCUAAUACAACCCGCGUUGAAUUUGUUAUUGUUCUUGGUACCCUUUCCGAUGUCAAGGGGGUAACCUUGCUUGUUAGUCCAUGUGGCUAUUCAACAGCUGAUGCUCCCAUGGUACAAAUCUGGGCUAGCAAUAAAAUACACAAGGAAGAAAGGGCAUGCAUGGGAAAGUGGGAUGUUCAAUCUCUGAUCAUGUCUUCAUCAGAGUUCUUUGGACCAGAAAAGUUGGGUGGAGAGGAUAAAGUGCCUAGACAUGUAAAAUUUGCCUUUAGGAAUCCUGUUCGGUGCCGAAUCGUUUGGAUAACACUAAGUCUUCAACGACCUGGUUCAAGUUCUGUAAACUUUGAGAAAGACUUCAAUCUUUUAUCUUUAGAUGAAAAUCCCUUUGCGCAAGUAAAUCGGCGUGCCUCUUUUGGAGGUUCAGUUGAAAGUGAUCCCUGUCUUCAUGCCAAAAGGAUCCUUGUGGUUGGAUGCCCCGUAAAGAAAGAGCUGGGAAAAAGUGAUCCUGACCAGAUGAAUUUGAAAAGUUGGUUGGAUAGAGCUCCACAAUUAAAUAGAUUCAAGGUUCCAAUUGAGGCUGAGAGGCUGAUGGAAAAUGAUCUUGUCUUGGAACAGUCUAUACCUCCUGCUUCACCUUUGCUUGCUGGAUUUCGCCUAGAUGCUUUCACUGCAAUAAAGCCUCGUGUUACCCAUUCACCUUCUUCAGAUGCACAUAUCCUGGAUACAUCAGUGACACUUUUGGAAGACAGACUCAUUUCUCCAGCUGUGCUGUAUAUUCAAGUAUCUUUUCUCCAGGAACCUUAUAGCAUGGUAACGAUUGGGGAGUUUCGAGUUCCAGAGGCUAGGGUUGGAACGGCAAUGUACUUCGAUUUCCCUAAGCCGAUACAAACCCGCAGAAUUUCAUUCAAACUUCUUGGAGAUGUUGCAGCUUUUGCAGAUGACUCCACAGAACAAGACGAUUCUGGUUUUAGAGCUCCACCACUGGCAUCAGGUUUGUCAUUGUUCAAUAGAAUUAAGCUAUAUUACUAUGGGGAUCCUUAUGAACUUGGGAAAUGGGCGAGUCUUUCGGCAAUUUGAAUGUCAUUGGUCUACGUAAACAAAAAAAAGGUCUGGGGAUUGAUUGUGGUUAUAAUGUCUCUCUUUUUUGUUGUUGUAAUAUCAAUAUGUAGCAUUUAUAUUCAUUGACGCCAAAAGAUCAGUUUUGUGAAUUGGACUUGCCAUUCUAUUUUAUAAUUCCUCGUAGUAGUGAAUCAGUGAUACGUCAUUUGCAUAGGCUAGCUUUGUAUACAAUAUAAUCCAAAAUCUAUGAGUUAAUUUGAUUGGA